UUCUAUUGAUCGCCACACCCAAGACAGUGAGUCAGCUUCAUACCCUAUUAGCAGACUAAAUCAUGAAAACGUGUAUAGUGGGGUACACUUUUAAUCCCAGCACUCUGUUCUCUGAGUUCAAGGUCAGCCUGUUACUGAUUCAGUUUCAGGACAGCCCCAGCUACACAGAGAAAUCCUGUCUCAAAAAACAAAACAAAACAAAACAAAACAAAACAAGACAAAAAAAAAGAAACAAAAAAGGAAAACAAAAGAAAAAAAGAAACAAAUUUACUUAUUGUAACAAAAAUAGUUUAAUUUGCUUAAAAAGCAGUGGUCAUCUGUGUGUUUAAAGGCUCCAUGUGUUAAAAUGUUUCUUCUCCUCAUGACAAUGCUUUCCCCUCCACUCUUGUAAUGAAGUAAUGUAGGGAUACUUAAUACCUAAGGAACAGGGGGCGCCAGUCCUAGAAGGGGAGGGGCUGUCACUGGAUUGCAAUAUCAUUCUUCGUUUCUAACCACUCGGAUCUGUAUUCGUGACCUGCCUGGCAGCAACAUUAGGGUUUAUUCCCAGCUCCCGUAACACAGUGAAAAUAUAACAAAUCAAGACAAAAAUAAAUUACAGGACUCAGAUUUUUACUUAAAAAUGUUUUCUCUAUAUAUUAAUCUCAAAAAUCGUUUUCACAAAAGUAGACCAACACUUCUGGCAUUUCUUUCAUAACGGUGCUUGCUAUAAUUCUAUUUACUUUUAUUAGACAGUUCACAUAAAAUUAUGUGCACAUAUCGAAGAAAAAGGAAUUAUGAUGACUCCACAUUUUACGGAUAAACAUAGCACUUAUAGAAAUAUAUAGUCAAGAUUACUUUUAUUGGUCUUAUAUCUGAUUAUAUUCAUGAUUUAAUAAUGUUGGAUAUUUUACAAAUAUAAUGCUAACUGAAUAUCAUAGUUUAAAAAGACAGAUGUAGGAAGCUAGACACUUGAAAAGAUGCCUGCAUUAUUUUAGUAAUUAUACAUUGGAUGUACUGACAGUCACCAAUUCUACCCAGGUCUGCAUUGGUAGCCUUAGUCCCUCAGCUUUCAAAACAUCCUGAAUUCUGGCGGUUGAGGAAAAAUCCUUUGAAAACGGUGCUUAGUCGCCUGUUUUAACCUGCAGCUCAGAUUCUGAACACAAGUUCCAGCUUGCCUGACUCCUUCACAAACUUCUACAGAGGGCUUCUCAGCGGGACGAUGUGAAGGGCUUUCUAAAGUGCUCAGUAGCCGAGCACUGAUUACAGUCCAGCCCCGGGCAAAACUGCCCUCAGCAGGAAGACUUGUUUAUCAAGGGAACAGAGAUAAGCCUUUAGCUUGGAUAUACCUGUCACCAGAAAGUCAGCUUGUUUUUUUAUGUUCUGUCAGUAUUUAAAACAAAACUCAAUUCAAUUAGAAAGUUACAGUAUUGGCUCUGGUUAAAAAUAAAAUUUGAAUGUAUUUCUCUGGUUGCCUGAGAUAAGCACCUCUGGAAUUCUUAAUAUUUUGUUUUUUUGUUUGUUUUUUAGUUUAUUUUCUGUUUGGCUUUUUAAAUACAUGGCCAUGUAUUUCAGUAAAAAAACAAAGAUGUGAUUUGAAUUGUGGCAGUGUAGAAGUAUAAGAGCAAAGAAACUGCUCUAAGGAAUUCUAAGUAUCUUUCAAUAAAGACCAAAGCUGUGACAUCUCUCUGGAUUUAAAUCCCCAAGACAAAACGUGACAGUAUGGCAGGAAUCCUUCCUUGUUCUGGCAGGUUUUGAUUGACUCUGAUGCUGUUAUUUUGUUCCCGUCCUCUCUAUGAAUUAGGUUUUAGUGGCUGAACUAGGACGAAACUGUCUAUGGCAAGAGCAUAGAGUUAGUCUAGCUAUGGGGAAUUUCAAAUAGUAAUAUGUUUUAUUCUUGUUUAUAUCAAAUACCUAUCUUUAGAAGUCCUCAUGUAUUCAAAAUUUAUGGAAAAAAAUAUCCCCCAAGUCUUUGAAAAAGGACAAAAAGGAUAGGAACAACUUACUUUACUGUGAAAAAAUAUUAAAAAGAAAGAAAAUAAGAAACAUUACCUUAAUGAAUAAUACUAGACCUCCAAAAAUCAAAAUACUAAAUACAACUUGUAUAAAACAGUUCUGGUAUUGAUAUUAAAUUAAACCUCUAUCCAAACAAAAUGUUCUCUUUAGGAAGGCAAUAGUACACUUUAACUGUUCAUCGGGAUAUGCCUGUAAACUUAGCACUCAGGAGGCUGAGGCAGGAGAAUCACCCUUUCAAAGUCAGCCUGGGCUACAAAACAAAACAAAAACAAAGAUCACACUAUCUUAGCUGGUAAAAACAAAACAAACACUGCUACUAACAUUUAUAUUAACUAUAACAAUAUAUACUUGCUAAUUUAAUUAAUAAUAUAGUCAUUUUAAUGUAAACAAUACUAGUAAGGGAAGCAUAUGUUUUAGAAGCAUGCUAGGUUAAUUUUGAUAAAGAUCUCAGAUUAGGUUUUUUCCCCCCAACUAUAUCUAAUGGUACCAUACUCUUUAUCAACUUCAGCUAAAAUAUUUUAAAAUAAAAUCAAAUCCUCAAACUUUGCACCUACAGUGGGUUGGGCUCCCCCUUAAAGCUGGGACCACCAGACUGGAGAGGCUCAGCAUCAAAUUUAAUUGAACUCAAGAAGGAAUGAACUUCAGUGAGUAAAAUGGACAUGGUAGUUAGCCAGGUAUUUACCUACCGUUAUUUUUGCAAGCAAGGAAUUAGAAAAAAAAACCCAACUCCUUUAUUAAAUCUAAAAAUGAGCUCUUCAUGUAUUGACAACAUGAGGAAUUCAUCUGGCCUCAGCGUUUACUUAGGAGGGACUCCGGGUGGUUUUACCAAGAGAACUUUCAUUCCUAAGGUUUGGGGAACAGAAUUCUGGGAUGGAGCGCUCCAACUGUGAGAAUAGUAACCCAAGAUGUGUCUUUAAAUGACAGACCUUGGAAAAUGCUGAGCAGGGGUGAGCGCCCCAGCCCGCCCCUAGCUUUCCCUCCUCCUAGGGAGGAAGCCUAGGUUUGGAGUGUUCUCUGCAAGAGGCUUUCCAAGCUCGGACUCCUGGGCCAUUUGACCCCUUUAAGUCCGAACACUCUCGCUCCAGCCGCCCUUGCACAGUUGUGGCGCAUGGGAAGACACACAAUACAGGAGCUGCAACCGAUAAACAAGUUUAAAUACCCAACUCUCUCCAGCCUCUUCAGGCUCCUCCCCUACAAACAAACGCCUGGCUCUUUUGUUUUCUUCAGUCAGUCUGGAAAUACUAUGAACUCGCCAAUCCCCACCGAGUCUUUUCAUGAAAGGUCUCAUUCUCCCGGCCCCUAGAAGAAUGGGCACUCUACAGUUGUCGACCAUGGGAAGCAGUAUAAAACAAGACACAGUUGCAACAAGAGCAACCCUGCUAGCUACUACUUACCAGUCCCACAAAGUCUACAGACAGAUGAAAUUCCAACUCCUGACUUAAGGCUGAACUUUCAAAAAAAAAAAAAAAAAUCAAUUGCUUAGCCUGAUUAAGGAAAAAUACUGUUUGUAUAAACCUUUGUUUUUGAGAAGCCAUUUGAAAAUAUAUCAGGCUUUGGAGUUUUGGCUUGUUUAGAUUAAUUUUGAAAUUUAUUUAUAAAAUGCAACUUUCUCUUUAAAAUUCUUUAAUUUUUUUUUCUCUUGAUACUGCACGGUUUCAAACUACAAAAAUAAAUCCCAAGCUAAAAUUUCCAAAUAACCAUACCUUCACAUUUAAAGUUUCUUCAGUUUCAGCUUAUUUAAAUCCUAGCUUUUUAGUACUGCACUAUAAAUUCAGUCUGUAAGUUUUAAUCAGUUUGUUCAACUCAAAUAAUUUGUGACUCUGGGGAGUGACUUUACACCAAAGCUUAAAAGACACCAUUUAUUAACCACAUUAGUGAGAUGUAGUUGAAUUAAAAUAAUGUGUUAAACACAUGAUUACCUGUUUUAAGUUCUUGACCAACUCAUUCGUUACUUACAAUUUGUUUUUAAAAGCUGCUUAGAUAACUGCUUCACUAUGGUACAUGGCAAUUUGUUACAGCCAUUCGAUUUUAGAGACUAGAUCUAAAGAGUAAACUGAACAGUUUUCUCAAAAGAACUUGAAGAUAAUAUGAUUUACUACAGCUGAAAGUUAACAAUACACAGAAAAAUCUUAUAUUAAUUUAAGCCAAUUUCCUCAAGUAUUAAAUAUUUGCUGAAUAAUCUUUUACCGGGUUUCAACUAAAUUUGAGUCCCCCGCCCCUGCUAAGACUUUAAGAAAAAAAUUAAAAUUAUCUGUGGAUAAAUUUGUAUUUCUGGGUGGCCCAUUUCUUUUUCUCCAGAUAAAGAUUGGUAAAAUCUUUUAUGAAUGUUGACAAAUCAAACAAUUUUAUACUUCCUUCUUUUCUGUCACCACCAAAGUUCUGAUCGUUAUAUUUUUAAGAAAAAAAAAAAAAAAACAAUAGAAAUGUAUUUAUAAACAGAAACCCACCAGCACCUAACAAAAAUUGUGGUUGUUUACCUUUUCGGUUACUGAUUAUUUCGUUUGUUUCGUAUGUUUCCAAACCAAUUUCGUAUUUAUUUUUUCUCACCAUCUCCACCAAACGUCAGUGAAAUUAGUACAUUUCAGCUACAGAAAUCGUUAAUCCUUCAAGGUCGGUUUCAACUUCACCGGUCUUAGGGCAGCUUCAACGAAAACGUGGUCUUAGCAAAGCUGAUUUUUACCCGGAAUUUUUCGUUUGCUCUCGACCCCCCGCCCCCCCUUUCAGAGGUUGGUUUUGGUUAAAACAACCGUGCGGACCACAAAAGGAGCUGGGGAGGGAGGGGGUUGAACGAGUUCUCUAGAAGUUUUGUUAAAUUCAGGCACCUGGGAACAUAAUUUGGUUGUGCUUCUUUGAAAUGAAAAAAAAAAAAAAAAGUAAAAGGAAAAUAGACCGACACAUUCGAAGACCUAAAAAUAAAAGAUGAGUUCGGGGUCGUGCGCGUCCAAAACCCCGACCUCCACGCUGGCCCCGGGUACCACGCGCUGCCGGACUUGGGGCGAACAGUUAAAGGGCUGAGCGCUGCGAGCGGAAGCCCACCCCUCACCCACAGCCCAGCCAACAAGGGAGCAAAGGGUUAUUUUCGCGCCACAAAAUAUGUAAAUACAGGGGCGGCCCGAGGGCCAAUGGGUGGAGACCAGCUAAGACUCCAGAGGCGGCAACUGUCGAUGAUAGGCUCGCUGCCUCCACCAAUCGGCGAGCGGCUCCGGCGAGGGCGGCGCCUCUCCCGGCGCUGGGUGAGGGUCUGAAUCCUUGCAGGGCAGCCCGUCAGCGUCGGAGCCCCGCCCUAGGUCGCUUUUCCGCGCCAUCGGCGGCCGCCCCGCCCAGACAGAGCAGAAGCAGCCUUCGUUAUUUCUCUGUGGGGACGGAGCAUCCUCGAGCGUGCGCCCGCCUCGCGAGUUUACACGCAGUCUCCAUGCUUGGAUGCAGCCGUGUGGUCAGGCUCCAGCGGCCCAUGAAGACUUUCUCUUGUGUGCGUUUCGACGGGUUCCUCUUCUCUGCGCGGAGCUGAAGAAAGGAAACAAACCGCCCCAUCUUCUCGGCUCCCAGGCUCCAUGUUUAAUACAGAUAGAAGUGACAGAUUCCGGAGUGAGAGCAGACCCAGGUCUCGGAUCUCGCCUCUGGUUUGAACAGAGUUCAGAGGAGCGGUUCUCGAGAAGAGUGAAACGCGCCCACCGGCGUGAGGGUGUCAGGCCCCGGCCAGGGAGCCCUAGGGCCACCCUUUGCUUUGCCCACAACCUGUGGCUACAGCAGCGGUAACGGACCUAGGCAUACUUUCACGUUACACAGAACCUCAAACAUUUUUACUUUUCCGGGUCAUCAGAAGAAAUGUAGCUAUCGAAUGUGUAAACAGAUGGGUGGGAAUCCUUCCUCCGUGGAAUUAAUAUUACUUAGGGAGCUACAACUGCUGAAGAAUUGUUUUGGUUCAUAUACAAAUAAUGUGAGAAAGUUCUUUAAGGCAUCCAUAUAAUUAACUUACGAAUCUGAGAAGUUACACGGAUUUAAUAAUAUGUGUUCUGGAAAAAUUCAAGUAUUUUUCGCUCGAAAAGCUAAAUUAAUAAUUACCCAGUUUUUUUGUUUUUGUUUUUAAUUUUGCCACGGAGUGUAUACUCAAUCUCCCAAAUGUUUGGCAGAUUGGAAGUGGUUUAUGUCCACUACCUUUUUGAUGUUUCAACUUUAUUAUUGGAGUGUUAAGGUCCUAGACAAAGUAUCCAGUUUGUUACAACAAUAAAACAUUAAAUUCACAGGCGCCCAGGAACAUAUUCAUUAAAUUGACACACUCUUGGUUUAAAUUCCAGCUGUUAAGAUUUGUUUGACAGUGACAGAUAAAAAUAAUAUAUCCCAUGUUUUUAAAAGUAGUUAUUUCGUUAGAUAUAAUUUUCAAUAAAACAAAGUACAUUUAAUCCAGGGGAAGGGGGAAUCAAUACAAUUUGGUAGCAAGCUGAUCAGUUUGCUAUUAAAAAAUAUUAAGUUAUAUGAUCAUAUUCAAAGUGAUUUCCAGAAAAGCAAACAUUACAAAUCAAAACAUUUCUCCAACAAGGCUUGGUUCACAAGUACUACAAAAUUAAAUUCGUAAAAUUUAUAGUGAUUUUUUUUGAAUGCCACAGAAGUCUAAAGGAAUACAUAUUUUCCUUGAGAGCUGCUUCUCUUUCCAAAUGCAUGAAGGCGAAGAAUAACUUUUUAAAAUAGCUAGCUUAGCCUUAAAAAUUCACUUCCAAAGAUGUUCUUUCCAGAUUUCCAAUAGUUCUGAAUACUGUCUCAUAAUUUCAUAAAGACCAUUUUACUAAAUUAAACUUAGGUGAAAAUACUAUUAAAGUUUGUUUUCAUUUAUACAGUUGGGUUUGCUUAGCAGGAAAGAAAAACCUGUUAGAAAGAAUAGUUGCAUUGAAAAUGGGUGAUCUGACACCUUCCGGUUACUUCACACAGAAUUGUAAGUUCCUUUUAAAGACAAAAUGCAAAUACUCUAGAUCUUUCAAUAAUUUCACGUUUUAAAAACAAGCUGCUACUUGUUUUUCUGUCAGAGAUAAAGUAUUAUUAAGUUUUUUUUUUGAAAGAGAACACCAUAUCAAAUUAUCAAUUGCUGAAGGCGUUUGUAGUAUGAAGCACAUAUUUUCUCUAUUCACAUUUUUCAACUUGCGAGAGUAGCAAAACAUUAGAUUUCUGCCUGUAUUUUCAGGCUAUAUAGAGCUUAAUUUCAGUCAUCCAAACCCGGCAAUUUCUCUUUUCCAUAAAAUGCCUGUUAAAAAUAUAUCACAAGUUAUCUUUGAAGCCUUUGAGUAGAGCACACAACCAUUAAGCCACAGUUGAAGGUUUUCACAAGGACAGGGGUACUGCCCUUUUUUCCCUAUUCCUGUUCUCCGGCUCACAUUUAGUAGGAUCAGGAAGGCUCCACCGGGCCCAGACCCAACCCCCCAACCACCAUUGUGCUCGUUACCUACAGGGAAAAUUAUGAAUGGCUCUCACAGUCAAAGGAAGGCGGAAAGAGCCGAGGAAUAGUUUCCCAGCGCGGCCGCCACCUUAGGCUGACGCUGAACAGGGUUCCCUUAGAGUCCCAAGUUCUUUAACAAAAAUUAUUUAAAUAAAAGUAUCAGUCCUCCCCCACACCCAGCCCUCCCCCUUCGAAAAACCACAGGAAGCGAGGGUUUCCCUUUAAGUACCGACUUUUCCCACUCGGCCACCCCCAGCCCCACAGCCUCCGCCCCGCGCCCCUCCCCCACGCGGCCAGCCCGCCCCCGGCCUCAUUUAUCCAGAGUCUUCUCGUAGCCGAGCAGCCAAUGAACGGCGAGGCGGAGAGCCACCCGGAGCGCAGGCGGAGGAGGUGUCGCGUAGACACCCGCCCAGGACGUCGGCUCCCCUCCCCCACGCCGGCCCGGGCCGCCCCGCUUGCUCGGUCCCCGGGGCCCUCGAGGGGAGCGGCGCUCUGCCCCCGGGUUCUACUUUCCCCGGUCAUCAGAGCCACCGACUGAGUUCGAGAUUGUCAUUCAGAUUUCGUUGUUAAGUGACCCAUUUUUUAAAAAUCGAAUGGUUACAAACUACGGUAACUGCAACCGCGGGACCCCCUAACCGCUUCCUCAUCUUAAGGAAAAAGGAUCGUUCGUCUGACCCUCCCGAGGCUCGGACCCUUUGGAAACUCGCCGUGCCCAUCGCGCCUGGCGCCGGCUGCAGCGGCUGGACGCUCUCCACCCCCUCCCCGGCUCCGGCUCCGGCUCCAGCUCGGGGUCCCUCCUCGCCCAAUCUCGCUUCCCCUCCCCCUCUCGCUUUUUUUUUUUUUUUUUUUUUUUCUCUUUCCUCCGAAACCCACUCUAAUUGAGGCGCUGGGAUUCCUCACGUGAGACGUUGAUUUGUAGUUUGAACACGUGGCUCAUUCAAAAAGCCGGACACUCGGAGCGGCUGCCCCCGCCCCGCUCCCCUCGCCGCUGCCAGUCACCCCUCGGGGUUUUUUUUUUUUACGGGGAGGCGGCGCCUGCCCCACGUAGUGUGAUAUUUUCACAGCCCGCUGGCCGCUGCCAAAGGGGUUGGGGAGGAAGAGACAAAAAGUAGUUUCCCCCCGCGCCUCCUCCUUUCUCUCGCUAAUCCCGCCUCCUCCCCAGAGUUAGGAAGACUCGACGCUGGGCUCGUCGCUAGGCUUUUUCUUUCUCUCUUUUUUUUAAUACCCAGAAGAGGAAAAAGGACCCUGGGAUCUGGUUUUCGCCCGCCGCUCCCGUGCUUGGGUCACUGUGUGGGUUUGAAAGCCAAGAGGAGAGGAACAAAAUCCACCGGCUCCAUCCUCCGCCGUGGGUGCUUUUUUUAAUUUAGCAUUUUCCUCGGGUUUUAAAACGACCCCUUUUCACAAUGAACAAAUUGUACAUCGGGAACCUCAGCGACCACGCCGGCCCCGCGGACCUGGAAAGUGUCUUCAAGGACGCUAAGAUCCCGGUGGCGGGCCCCUUCCUGGUGAAGACGGGCUACGCGUUCGUGGACUGCCCGGACGAGGGCUGGGCCCUCAAGGCCAUCGAGGCGCUUUCAGGUAAAAUGGAACUACAUGGGAAACCGAUGGAAGUUGAGCACUCGGUCCCUAAACGGCAGAGGUGCUGGAUAGUUUACUAGUCCAGUAUGGAGUGGUGGAGAGCUGUGAGCAAGUGAACACGGAUUCGGAAACGGCAGUUGUAAAUGUAACCUAUUCCAGUAAGGACCAAGCUAGACAAGCCUUAGACAAACUGAAUGGAUUCCAGUUAGAGAACUUCACCUUGAAGGUUGCCUACAUCCCAGAUGAAACUGCUGCCCAGCAAAAUCCCUCGCCACAGCUCCGGGGGCGCCGGGGGCCAGGGCAGCGGGGCUCAUCCAGGCAGGCGUCUCCAGGAUCGGUGUCCAAGCAGAAACCCUGUGACCUGCCACUGCGCCUGCUGGUUCCCACCCAGUUUGUUGGAGCCAUUAUAGGAAAAGAAGGUGCUACCAUUCGCAACAUCACAAAGCAGACCCAGUCUAAAAUCGAUGUCCAUCGUAAGGAGAAUACAGGGGCCGCGGAGAAGUCCAUUACUAUCCUCUCUACCCCUGAAGGCACCUCUGCAGCUUGUAAGUCUAUUCUGGAGAUUAUGCAUAAGGAAGCUCAAGAUAUAAAAUUCACAGAGGAGAUUCCCUUGAAGAUCUUAGCUCACAAUAACUUUGUAGGCCGUCUCAUUGGUAAAGAAGGAAGAAACCUUAAAAAAAUCGAGCAAGACACGGACACUAAAAUCACAAUAUCUCCAUUGCAGGAACUGACGCUGUACAAUCCGGAACGCACCAUUACAGUGAAAGGCAGUGUUGAGACGUGUGCCAAGGCGGAGGAGGAAAUAAUGAAGAAGAUCAGGGAGUCUUAUGAAAAUGAUAUUGCUUCCAUGAAUCUUCAAGCACAUUUAAUCCCUGGAUUAAAUCUGAAUGCCUUGGGUCUGUUCCCACCCACGUCAGGGAUGCCACCUCCCACCUCAGGGCCCCCUUCAACCCUGACUCCUCCCUACCCACAAUUUGAGCAAUCAGAGACGGAGACUGUGCAUCUGUUUAUUCCCGCCCUGUCCGUUGGCGCCAUCAUUGGCAAGCAGGGCCAACACAUCAAACAGCUUUCUCGCUUUGCGGGAGCUUCGAUUAAGAUCGCUCCAGCCGAAGCACCAGAUGCUAAAGUGCGGAUGGUGAUUAUCACUGGACCACCAGAGGCUCAGUUCAAGGCUCAGGGAAGAAUUUAUGGAAAAAUUAAAGAAGAAAACUUUGUUAGUCCUAAAGAAGAGGUGAAACUUGAAGCUCACAUCAGAGUGCCGUCCUUUGCUGCUGGCAGAGUUAUUGGGAAAGGAGGCAAAACGGUGAAUGAGCUCCAGAGUUUAUCAAGUGCUGAAGUUGUCGUCCCCCGUGACCAGACACCUGAUGAGAAUGAUCAAGUAGUUGUCAAAAUAACUGGCCACUUCUAUGCUUGCCAGGUUGCCCAGAGGAAAAUUCAGGAAAUUCUGACUCAGGUAAAGCAGCACCAGCAGCAGAAAGCUCUGCAGAGUGGACCACCUCAGUCAAGGCGGAAGUAAAGGCUCAGGAGACAGCCACCACAGAGGCAGAUGCCAAACCAAAGACAGAUUUGCUUAACCAACAGACGGGUGCUGACCCAUCCAGAACCACGUGCACGAGUUUUUACCUAGCUGGUUGUUUCCGAGGACCAGGCACUCGAUCCUGUCUCUGUGAGAAUGUAUACUUUAUGCUCUCUGAAAUAUAUGACACCCAGCUUUAAAAAAAAAAAAAAAAAAAAAAAAAAAGUGGGGGUAAGGAAAGAGAACUCUGCACUUCCCUUGUGAUAUCAAAGUAUAACAAACGUGCUAAUUUUUCUUAAUAUCCCUCUAUAAUGCCAGAAAUUGGCAUAAAUGGUACAUUCACUAAAUUUAUCAAAUAAAUUUAAAACUAGAUUGUUCCUAAGUCCAAUUGUUGAAAUUGGAUCAAAGUAGAAUUGUCAGAGGAACACAACAUUAAGCCAUUAGAAUAGAAGAGCUGUUGUCUCCUGUUUCUCUAACACUAACAUGGAUAACCUAAGGGAAGUGCCAGCCGCUGUUGGCAGGGUAUUAAACGUGCAUUUUUACUCAACUACCUCAGGUAUUCAGUAAUACAGUUAAAAGCAAAAUUAUUCCUUUUUUGAAAAUUUUAUAUACUUUAUAAAAACUCCAACCGUUUUUUUAAAAAAAAUAAAAUUUAACAGUUAUCAGCUGAUAGGCAAGUCAUUGAAAAAGUAAUUUUACGUCUGGCUGGUGAGAGUAAAGUUGGAAAAAUAAUUUUGCAUUUUUUGAGCCUUUGAAAGUUGGAAAGUCCACUAACUGUUCAAAGAUAAGGAGCAGUGCCUAUUCUCAAGAGCAGCCAUGCCAUGUACUCCUUUGUUCCUAUCUGGGAAGGUUGUUGACGGUACUGACCAAGCAGGCAGGGGCUGGGACGGCCAGUGUACAGGACAGCUAGGGUAAAGGACAGCUAGUGUACAGGGCUCCAGGAGACUUGGGGAUUUGUGUUUAGCUAUGUGUGGGAAUUUGCAAAUGCUUUGUGCUUUGACUGUCACCACGAAAAGGAAGAAAUUCAUGUCAGUGAAGAAAUGCAGAAUUUAAACAAAAUCAGCUUGAGUUUGUUUUACCAGAUGCUCAGCUUGCUAACACACUUGAGAUCAGACCAUACUCUGAGCAGACAUGGAAAGGAUUGCUUUGUGAAGACCAGGGGGAGUCAGGUGGUAUGACAGGGCCGAAGGGCAACAAAAUCUCCAUUUCCUUGUGCCUGGCACUGUCUCGAGCCUAAGCUAUUUUAAAGAUGUUUUAAACAGUGGAAGAAUUAAGUCCACCAAAAGUCUUCCAUGAAAUGUAGCAGAGUUUCUGUCUGCCCUGCAUUACCUGCCAGCGAGUCAAGGUAGGGGAUCCAGCAAACGGUUUUGGGAAUUCAGACUGUGGAAACAUCGGACUUCCCUUUGCCCUUCCUCAACUUAGUGGCAAAGCCCUGUAUGGAUACUUGUAGGUGCGGGUGAUCCUCAAGGCCAUGCUGCUUUCUGAGUUGUUCUUGUUGCUUUGUUCAUAAUGUGGUUACAGUCAUAUUACACUGACCCUGAGGGUAUUAUGUAACCCUUCAGAAAACCACUUUGCCUCAUUGUGUUUCAGGAUUAACUUCUACAUGCCUUUAAGUUUUUCUGAGUAUCAGCAUAUCAUUUAGACAUUGUGAAAAUGAAUUCCUAAACAUUUUCAUAAAACCGGUUAAUUUUGUAGUUUUAGCCAAAAAGUGCCCCCUUUUUACAACUGAAUUCAUCUAGCAUUUUCAUAUGGUGGAUUUAAACUGCUUAAAAAAGAAAAUGUGACCGGCUCUCCUGCUUGGGUCUCAGGGGAGAUAUGCUUAAGGCCAGAGCUCUUCCUCAGUAUUUGAUUUUUCCAGUGUUUGUUUUUUAAAAAACUGACAGGUGCUACAUUUCUAUCUGUUGGUUUCAAUUCUGCCAUAUUUCAUGUCUAGCCUUUAGAGUGGCCAAUCAUGUUUUACUUUCAUUUAAGCACUGGUAGUCUGGAGUACCUGGUACUGAGUAACUCUAUAAUUGUGUUUUGUGUUCACCAUAUACAGAUCAUUUCUCAUCUGUAGUGUGCCCCAAAUGCAGCUUCACUUUCCAGGUACCCUGAUGCAGAAUAAAGUUUUCAUCAUAAACCACA